GAGUGAACUGGAACAGCUUCCUGCGGUGUAGAGCCCCAAGAAGUUUGUGGAAAGCUCCUUGCACACCAAGCCUUCGUUCACGCAGGAGCAUAAGGCAGCUGUCUCUUCUUUACUGCAACAGGUCUCGGUGGGCGUGCCUGCUGCUCCCACCACUGCAAAACCCCCACCUAAGGUUAAAAACAGAUCAAAAGGCUUGACCGACACCAUUUUUGUUUCGAAGACCCAAAUGCUAAAAUGAAAAGUAUGAAGGCUGCUAAGCCAAUUGUACACUCCAGAAUAAAAUACCACUUUCGUAAAACUCAUUCCCAUGUGGCCCAUGGGACACCCAAGGGCAAACUAAGUCAAGAGGUCAAAACGGAAAGUUUGCUCAAAAGACUGGUGUUUGCAAACAGGCCUCCGUUCUCUCCAGUCAGGAGCCUCAUCAAUUCCCCUUCACGUGAAGCUUUUUCAUCUUCAGGAGACCCGAGUCAUCAGGAGAAUCCUUUUCCAGAGUUAUUUUCCCUUUCAGAAGUUUCUACAGAACACAUUGGUACAUCCCCUGAAGGAAAUGCUUUCGAAGCAAAGAUUUCUGUAGGAAGCACAGCUUUGCCUGAAGAAGCUGUCCGUGAAAGCACAACCUACGAGAAUCCUUCCACUGCAGGGUCCACUGGGGCUGCAUUCAACAUAAUGCCAACGGUUAAAGAAGCCAGCGACACCCAGUGGGAAUACCACAACACCGGCACUGACUUCACCCCCAUGCCCCACGGCUUUAAUUAUCCCGUGCGCUCAUCCCCAGGUGAUCAGUUUGAAAUGCAGCUAAACCAGCAGCUACGAUCCCGCAUCCCCAACAACGACAUGCGAAGGCUCAUUGCUCACGUCAUCCGGACUUUGAAAAUGGACUGUUCUGAGAGCCAUGUGCACUUGGCCUGUGCCAAGCUCAUCGCUAGAACAGGCCUCCUGAUGAAGCUUCUCAGUGAGCAGCAAGAAGUGAAAGUAUCCAAGGCAGAAUGGGACACAGAUCAAUGGAAAACCGAGAACUAUAUCAGUGAGAACACAGAACCCCAGAGCGAGCAGAAAGAGCAGGAGUCAAGUGAGCUCACUAAAAAAGUUCCAGGAUAUGGCUAUAACAACAAACUCAUCUUGGCAAUAUCUGUGACUGCAACAGUGACGAUUUUGAUUAUAAUUUUCUGUCUCCUUGAGAUUUAUGUUCACAGGGGAGGAACACAGGGAGAACUGGAAGGAUCCUCGAGGAGGCGCUAUUUCUGCGGAUGGCGACCACUUUGGCUUAGGGAUAUGUACAGACCUCUCAAUGCCACACGCCAGAAAAAUAUGGCAGAGAAGCUACACGACAAGGAGUCUUCUGAUGAGGAGGAGAUUUUCCACAAGAAUGCAGGGUAAAUGGCUGGGGACAAUUUAGAAUCGUAUCUAAAAUGAGGGAUAAUGAAAAGUUUAAUUGCUCCUUUCAAGAGUGAAAGCCUUGGCAUUGUCUUCCUAUCCCACGGAGCUCACGGAAGUUGUGGUGACCACACCGGUGGAGUCAGCUGAAGCACCGGAGGAGGAGGAGGAGGAGGAAGCAUAGUGCCCCAGCCUGCCUCAGGCAGCCUGUCAAUAAAUUCUCUAACACUGGCUUCUCA